AAGCAGCCCGGCGCCACUAUUCCUUCCGGGUCCUGUGGCGCCGCUAUUUCAACGUUGGCGGCGGCGUUUCCCCUUCCUCUUCCGGGUCUGGCGGCGCCAGGUAUAAAAAAUGGUUCAGCGCCUGACCUACCGCCGUAGGUUGUCCUACAACACAGCUUCCAACAAGACCAGACUGUCCCGAACACCUGGGAACAGGAUUGUUUACCUUUACACCAAGAAAGUAGGGAAGGCACCAAAGUCGGCAUGUGGUGUGUGCCCAGGAAGACUUCGUGGUGUUCGUGCUGUGCGUCCUAAAGUUCUUAUGAGACUUUCGAAAACAAAGAAACAUGUUAGCAGAGCCUACGGUGGUUCUAUGUGUGCUAAAUGUGUCCGUGACAGAAUCAAACGUGCUUUUCUUAUCGAGGAGCAGAAGAUCGUUGUGAAAGUGUUGAAGGCACAAGCACAAAGCCAGAAGUCAAAGUGAAUUUAUUUGUAUUUCCUGCCCAAUAAAUGAAAGUUCUGCUUU